AUGGAACUUGGUAGUAAUCGGUAUUCUCCAAACGAUUUGUGUAAUGUAUACAAUAUUCAAGGCCUUGAAUGGACUCAAGUGAAUUUUGUACAAGUCUUUCUCAUGAUGAAUGACCGUGACAUUUAUGAUCGAGAGAAACAGGAAUAUACCGUCGAGAAAUACGUGGAAAAGAUGCAAGAACGCAUUGGUACAAUUGAUAGUGUCCUUCUCUGGUCUGGAUACCCCAAUAUUGGCAUUGAUGAUCGAAAUCAAUGGGAUUUACUACGUAAUCUUCCAGGUGGAAUCAACGGUGUGAAGACAGUGAUUGCGGAUUUUCAUCGUCAAGGGAUUCGAGUUAUCAUUCCAUACAAUCCAUGGGAUAUUGGCACUCGUGAUGAAACUGGACUUGAAGACAUGGUUCGGAUGUAUCAAGCAGACAUUACGACACUGAAUCAAGUUAUUUCCGACUUGGAAGCUGAUGGAUUCAAUGGUGAUACCAUGUAUGGUGUCCCCAAGUCUUUUUACAACUGUACGAAACCAUUGGUUGCAACGCCAGAGGGUGGAGUACCGACAGCAUAUUUGAGCAAUAAUCCCAUGAGUUGGGGAUACUUUUUUGGCUACUCACACUUUCCACCAGUUGCGCGUGCAAAAUUUCUUGAAUCUAGACACAUGGUACAAAUCUGUGCACGAUGGUCACUUGACAGAAGAGUUGAACUCCUGACAGCUUUUUUUAAUGGGGCAGGUUACGUCGUAUGGGAGAAUGUGUGGGGUAUUUGGAACGCCAUGACGGAGAGCGAAGAUGAGAUGGCGAAGAGAAUGUUUGCAAUCCUUCGCAAGUUUGGACGCAUUGUCUCAACUGGACUCUGGACUCCUUACUAUGUGAUGAAAGACGAUGGGUUGUUUGCUAGUGCCUUCUAUCUUCAAAAAAGUGAGGAAACGCUUUACACAGUGAUCAGCGUUGUAGAUGAGGAAAUGACAUUUGAUUUGGUGCUCACUGACCAGCAGUCUAUAAACGAUGUUCACGUGUAUGAUGUCUACCACGGAGUAGAAUUGAAGAAACAAACAGGCGCAAACAGCACGUCUGGCUUGGUCGUGACAGUGACUCUAGAACCUGGCGCAUUUGGCGCGAUUUACGUUACAAAGUCCAGCGAAUCUAACGACGACUUGGAUCAAUUUCUUGAAAAGAUGCGAGCCAUGACCAUUAAGCCACUGUCAGCAUACUCUACGGAAAGAAACUUGCUUCAGCAGCAGCUUGUUCGCUCGAGCACAACGAGCUUCAGAAAAUGA